GGGCCGGUGUUCGCUGGAAUGGCGGUGCGAAGGCAGGGUUCUUUGAGUUAGAUCUCUGACAGGUAACUGGGAUCUGCCGCUGAUCUCGGCGACGGGGGAGCCGUGUUUGCGGCCGACUGAGAGAUUGACCCGAGGAUUUACGGUUGGGGAAGCGGCAGUCCCGGGAAGCGAAAAGAGGGGCGCCUUGUCCCACCGCCCCUCGGCGCUUUUCAGUCUCGACUGCCGGGUCCUGGGCUUGUCUCUAUCCCGUAGGCCCCGUUAACUACCAGGCAGAGCAUACUUCGCCGAGCGCGGAAGGGAGGACUGUCUUUUAGGGGCGGUGACGCCUCACGGGCUUUUUCCCAGGAGGAUAGCGACCUUCACGGAUUCCUGUGAAUGAAAGGGGAAAGAAAAGAGAAAACGUGCGAGAUGGACAGGUUUAUUGAGUGCAUGUAUUCAUUUAGCAACGGUUUGCUGGGCGGACACUGUUCUUGCCGCUAGAGAAACAACAGUGAAUAAGGUAGAUGCAUAUACUCGUGCCUUUGGAGCUUUCAUUUUGACAGGGGAGACAAAAACACAAAACUAACAUUCGGAUAUAUUGUGUAAAGAAAAUCCGGCAGAAUAAUGGCAUCGAGUUUGACUGGGACGUGAUGGCUAUUUUAGGUAGUUGGGGAAACUCUCUUGAGGAAGUGACGUUUCAGCUGCGAUCUGAAUGUGGAGGAUCCGGCCAUGCCAACAACUGGGGAAGGAAAUGCAGGCAGAGAGAACCACAGCGCAAAGCCUCUGAUGCUGGAAUAACCUUGGCUAUUGAUAGGAACUGCAAGAAAGGCCAGCGUAGUCAAGCAGAAAGCAACCCUACACCAUACAUAGAAGUGCCAAGAAAGCAAAAGAAGUGUGCGGGGCAGGCGGGUCGUGGAGUCGGUCGUGCCAUGUGCUGACAUGCUCAACAGAGCCAGCUGGGGCAUCGGAACUAAAGGCGGAUGUUCACUGGGGGUUAUUGCAGAGACAAUCGCCUGUAAUUGGACCUUGCCAGCACCCUGUGGCCUGGGCACUAUCAUUAUGCCCCUUGAACACACGAGGAGACUGAGGCUUGGAGGACUAUGUGGUGGAGCCAUUUGACUCACUCCCAGAUGGCAGGCCCUUACCAAUGGACCAGAAAAACACCUAACCAUUGGCCUUCCGCAUAUAUUUGGAGUCUUACCUAUGACUUAAUUAUCAGGCUUUUCCGUCGUGCUAAGAAAUAAUAAAAACCUGACCUGUAUCAGAAUCCUACAAGUACGAGUUCAGUAAAAAGGACAAUUUACCAACACGUGGAGGGUGGAAGAGUGGACCGUGCUGCGGUAGAAACACAGGAACUUGUUACAAUAGAGACACAAGUUACUGGGCUACUGCCGCUGGAAUUCCUAGGGUUUUACCGAAGAAACACCUUACAGAUUUGUCACAUUUCUAAGUUUAGUAUUCACCAUUUGGAAUUGUCAGUCUUCCUAGAAGAUCUAUUUUGGCCAUCAAAAUGAAAGAUGUCUUCGAAGUUUUAGAACAAUUAUAUAAGAAGGUGCUUCUUGGAGCCACGCUCGAAGGCGACAACCAGGAUUACGUCUUGUGUCUCAGCCCCGCAUCGGCAGACCAAGAUGGCGCCACUGACCCCUCCUCUGAAGACUCCGACAACCCUGGUCCCCAGGGCAAGCGUCAGCCACGCCCUGUCGAUCUGCCUCCCACCCCUGCAGCCCCUGUGGGUUGGAGGAGCAGUGCUCGGGAAACCAACCUUUUUCAGUUAACCGUGAUCCAAGUGAUGGUAACCAGAACGUUGUCUGUCGAGACCGAGUUCCACGCGAAGGAGAAAUACAGAGAGAUAAUUAAAAUUCUUUUACAGGCCUCUGACUUCGAUUCUAAAUUAACCUGGAUGUUCCAAAGCUCGGAUAAAUUGUUAUCUCACAUGGCUGCAAAGGGCCUCGCAUUGCUUCUGUAUUUCCGAUUGAAAGAAAAGAUAACAUUAAGUAAUGCCUGGAUUGCUUUUUGCCAAAAAAAUCUUUCUGGAUACUCUGAAAAUGAUAAAGUAGUAUACUGCCUCUACACUCUUACUGUUGUAAUAAAAGAAAUCUUUAAAGAUACAUGUUCACAAAAAACAGAAAUCUUAAAGCGGUUCCUGACUCCUUUUGAUGCUGUUCUUGAAGUCUUUUACAAUUCCUUAUUUUCUCAGUAUUUUGAAACCGUCCAGGACACUUCUAAAAUAGUAAACAGCUUGAUAUAUUUUCUGGAAUUGCUUGAACUUCUUAUAGCUUCCAGAAUCCACCUGGACUUACAUUUCACCUGCCAGAGGAUUUUCUUUUUGAAACCUUCCUGUGUGCUAGACGUCAUUACCUGGCCUGUUCAUGCUUUCGUCAAAAGGAAGUGCAUCAUAUUCAUUAAAAAGUGCCUUCUGUGGAAAGCAGGUGAAGACCUUUGUCGAGGUUCUGUUGCUGCCUCACGGCCACCAGAUCAGCAUUUAGGUGUGGACAUGCUGGCUUUAGCUGAUGCUGUUCUGCAAGCUGUGGAUUUGGGCUUAUUGAAGACAUUGUGUGUCCCCGGGAAACCUUCCUGCUUUGGAGGCGGGGAAGUGCCACCAGGCUGUGAAGGUCUCCCUGGUCCAGAUCACGUGAUCCUCAGAGCAGUGAGCUUGCUUAUUAUUAAAUCCUUAGAAGUCAAGUUUCAAAAUUGUGCCUCAGCGAAGGAAAUGAAAGUUGAUUUACAGAGGUUCAUGUCGGAGUUACUGGCCUUCUUAAAGCCUCACCUUGAGCCCUCUGUGCAGCCACAGCAUCCGUGUGAGUGGUUGUCUAGGGUCUUCAUCGAACAAGACGACGACAUGCUGGAGGCUGCCAAAGCGUCCCUGGGCAUCUACCUGAAGUUGACCAGAGGAUAUGAAGCUGCGGAAAGUGUGACCCAAGAACUGUGGAACCGUCACACACAUGAAAACGGCUAUAACCCACACUGCGUUUUUCUAUUCUUUUUGAAAAAUAUCGGAUUCGAUUCUACAGUUCUUCUGGACUUUUUGAUUUCAUCAGAAACCUGCUUUCUUGAAUAUUUUGUCAGAUAUUUAAAAUUACUCAUCAAAGACUGGGAUACCUUUUUCACCAUUUGCAAGGACUUUGAUGUCACAGACUCUAAUGAUAGCACAAAUAUUUGUGGUUUUAUCUCCUCACUUGGCCAAGACCGAAGCAGCCACCAAACAGGAUUGAGCCUUUUGGCUGCUCUUGGCGGUGGCAGGAGCGCUCGUUCCUGUGUCUCCUGGGCCGCUGGUGCCUCCUCUGAACCUCAGAGCCAGGUUGUGAUGUCCCCGGAGGCCCGUGCCACACCCCAGGCUGGCCGUCGGCCGUCCUCUCAAGCUUCCCAAAGCCUGGUAGAUUAUGACACCUCUGAUGAUUCAGAAGUAGAAUCCACAGACCCGUGUUUAGCAAAUAGUAAACAAACAUCUUUACACCACGAAGCAAAGCAGGGAAUUCAGGACACAGUGGGAACAAGUCGGGGUGAAAAAGAACUUAGUCUGGAGCCUCAGUCAAGGCCUGUUCCGGAUGAAACUAAUACUCCUUUCCCUGUUGCUGGUGACGUAGCCCCAAAUAACGUCGUCUACGAAGUGGGACUAUCUCACAGAACAGUAAAAUGCUUUGAAGAGCUACAAGGUGCCAUUUCCCGUUUGCAGAAGAAAAAUCUUUUCCCAUAUAACCCAACAGCACUUCUGAAGUUGUUAAAACAGAUUGAGGCAAUAUGUACUAAAAGUAUGAACGCUUUGUAAAACAGUGGCAUUUCAUUUCCCCGAACUAUUUUGCCUUGAUGAGAUAAUAGUGAAAAAGAAAACCUAAAAAAACUUCUCUAAAGUACGUCUCUCUUUUUGCCUAUUGGAAGCAACCUAGGGACUUAAACGUGACCUGUCAACUGUAGUUUUACACCACUUGAAAUGGUUAUUGUAUUAGUUUGCUAGGGCUAUUGUAACACAUUACCUCAAAUAGAAAUUGAUGAUCUCAUAGUUCUGGAGGCUAAAAGUCCCAAGUCAAGGAAUGGUAUGGCUAUGCUUUAUCUCAGGACCUGAGAGAAACGUCCUCGCCCGCCUCUUCCUGGCUUCUGGAGGUCCCUGGCAGUGCUGGGUGUUCCUCGCCUGGCACCUGCCUCAGUCACAUCUCUCCCCCAUCACCGCCUGAUGCUUGUUGUCCCUGGGUGUCUAUCUGCAUCCAGUUUCCCUCCUAC